AUGGCGUCAACUAAAAUAUUUGCGACCGCUGCUUUUAUUUGUUUAUUGAGUUUGUUUCAACAAAUAGAUUCCACACAAAUAACAAAUCGCGAUGUAUCCAGUAUUCUGUCUCUAUUGAACCGCAACAUCGUUGGUAACAAGAAACCUGUAAUCAUCAUAUUAGAAAAGGAACCAGGACUGACGAAGAAAAAUAAACCGGCUUUAAUGACAUCCAGUGAAGAACACAACUCCAUAAACAUUCCACACGUAUUACACGAAAAGUUGAAUUAUGAAGGGAGCGUUAGACUAAGCACACCGAGUUACUUAAAUUUGUUACAACAAAGGGGUCAGAAAAACAGAAUGAGGCAUAGAGCUGAAAGGAAUAGAGUGGAUGAAGAUGAUGUUCAAAGAACUGACAAACAAAUCCUAAGAUCACCGAUUGUGAAGAAACUGCUUCGUAUCUCUAACAGCCUACGAUGCGACGCUAAAGACGAUUGCCAAGAUAAAUGCAGUAACAAAUACAAUGGAAAGAAAGUUGUUACAUGCAAAGUUCAAUGCGAAGUGAAGUAUGAAUGUGAUCAACCAGAACCAGAGAAAGAUGCUUGCGAGUCCGGCUGCGAAGACUCCUGUGGUAACGAUAAUGAGUGUGAUAAUGCUGAAGAUGACUUGAGAUCUUUAUGUAACUUGGAAUUAGAGCUCACAGAAUACUUCGAUAGAAGUGAGAGCAGGACCUACCAUGAGCUAUAUCCAGGGGCUGAGAUGAUAAACUAUGACUUCACCGCCGAAAGACAAAACAUUUACUCAACUAAUUUAAUAGAGUCUAUUGCUCAUCUUAUAAAAGGCUGUUUAGGAGCAGGUUUGCUUGGCAUGCAUGAAGCCUUUAAGUACGGAGGACUAUGGACGUCUCUCGCUGUUACACUGAUUAUUGGUUAUGUUAUCACAUAUUGUAUGAUUAUGUUGGUUAGUUCAGCUCAAACUAUGUAUGGUAGACUCCGUGUUCCUAGGCUUUCUUAUCCAGAUUUAGCUGAAGUGGCACUCGCUACCGGACCUUUCAAAAUAUCUAGACGAGCAAGCAAGAUAUUUCGCAUAUCUGCCGCAGCUAGUUUAAGCGAUCUUCCCGCUUGGAACGAUGUACAAGGCUUCUUUCGUUUGAUGGGAAUUUGUAUAUUCAGCAUCAAUGGAAUCGGUGUAACGCUACCAGUAGAGAAUAAUAUGAGAAAACCUAAGUACUUUAAAACUGUAUUGCUAUGGGCGAUGCCUAUUGUUAUAUCAUUUAACGCUGCGAUAGGCUUCUUCGGUUACUGGGCGUGGGGCGAAAAAUGCAAGUCUCCAUUUACAAUACACAUGCCUUCGAAUACGAAAAAGGGCAUUUGGGAGCGCAUGUAUCGCUGUAUACACGUAUUGGUACUAUCGGGUUUUUGUGUUGCAUUACCAGAUAUGAUGACUUGGAUGACGUUUAUUGGCAAUGUGUUCACAGCGUUUCUGUUGUUUAUAUUCCCUGCGUUUAUCGAAAUUUUGGUUAUGUGGAGGGAACCGAAACGAAGAAAGUUUAGAUCGCCAAGGGAUCCAACCCAAUUUCCAUUAUUAUCACGAUUGCCCCAGCCAUCGCCUUUCCACGGGGUUCUUAUUAUGAGACUUGCAUUUAAAUAUUUUGCCAAAAUAAGCAGCAGGUCCCCAUCAGCUCCCGACGGUACUCCAUCAGUUAAAUCCAUGUAUGGGCAUUGGGAAAAAGUUGAAACUAUGAUCGGACAACCAUAA